UACUUACAACUGCUUACAACCUGACAAACUACCGGGACCGGGACAGCUGACAGCUGUGGUUGUGGAGAACUGAGACCAAAAUCAAAAGGGAACAACAGUGUCGAAAGGUCACACUCUCUGGCUUGCGGCUUUACCGGAUUAGUUAAAGAGUGUGGACAGCCAGGACGCGCAUAUGUCUUAUCUUGGUACCAUGAAGCAAUCCGAAACAAUUGUGAAUCUAUUCAAAAAAGCUGCCCUAGUUCCUGGCCUUUCUUCAGCAUGGAUUCUUCAAUCUGGAGCACUUCCAGGCAAGAGCGUGACUGUAAUAUCAAGAUGGGCUCAGAGAAAUUUAGAAAGAGGAAAGAUGGUAAAAUUUCAGCAAUAUCAUCUCUUUGAUUCCGCUACUGCCAAAGCAACUGACAUGUUACCUGUUGAUGUUUCGAAUGAGACUAUUUCACGUAUUUCCAAUUCUGAUGAGCUCCGUGCAUCUCUUCGAGACUAUCCGUCUAACGGCAGUGGAAACAAACAAUAUUUAGAAAUUUGGAAGCAUCACCAACUUUAUCAGAACUACGAUCUAAGUGCACUUGAUGUGCAUGGUGAAGUUUACACUGAUGAGGAAUUUUCGUCAUUAGAGUGGUCUCCCUGUGAGACAAAAGUAAUCUACAUAGCAGAACGUAAAGUCCCCAAAUCUGAGCCUUUCUAUAAACCUAAACCUCAGGACAGCAAAGAAAAUGAUCCUGAGAAAGCUCCUCAAAAGGGUGAAGAGUACACUUACAGGGAUGAGUGGGGAGAAACACUCGUCGGAAAGCAUCAGCCUGUAGUUGUUGUCUGUGAUUUGAACUCCGAGCUUCUCACCGUUUUAGAUGCAAUUCCAUCAGAAUAUUCACCUGGUCAAGUAAUUUGGACUCCUGAUGGGAAAGGCAUUGUUGGAGUUGGGUGGAAAAAUGAACCGAGACGUCUUGGUUUAGUUUACUGCACCAAUAGAGAAUCUGUAAUUUUCCAUUUAUCCCUUGAGAAUGGCGAAUUCAGUAUCCUAUCACAAUCAAAUAGCCAAGCUGUUCGCUCCCCCAGAUUUAGCCCUGAUGGUCAAUACCUGGUGUGGCUUCAAGGAGAGGCUGGUGGCCCACAUCAUGCAGGCCUGAAACUGAUGUGCUGUUUGUGGGAGACCAGAAAGGUAUCAACUGUAAUUGACCUAGUAAAAAGCCAGAUCAAAAUUGUGAAUGGAAAAUUAUUUAAUGGCAUUUACUCUCUAAAACUGCCUCAUAGGUGUUGGUCAACAGAUUCUAAGAGGCUGUUUUUCAGUACUCCUCAACGCUUUAGAGUUAUCAGUUAUGUUGUGGAUAUCAGUAAUGGGGAAAUUACUGAGUUAGAGUGGCCUGUAGACGGUCCUACAAAAGGCUCAGGCACUAUACUGGAUGUUUCGCAAGAUAUGAUAGUAAUGUCACGUAGUUCUCUUCGUGUACCAGCUGGUCUUGUCUUAGGCAAUUUGCCACCUGCUGGACAAGAGCACACUAUUAAGUGGAUGCCAAUUACAUCAUGGGUUGCCCCAUCUGAUCUUCAGAACUGUGAAGUCCAGUACAUUUCCCUACUAGCAGAAAAUUCUUCUGAUUCAGUUCGAAAUUUUAAUGCCUUGUAUGUUGGUCCUCAUGGUAAGCCUGAUGGCUCAGUUCCUCUCAUUGUUUAUCCUCACGGAGGACCUCACUCAAUGUUUACAGAUGAGUACAGUUUGAAUGUCAGACUCAUGGUGACACUUGGCUAUGGAGUGCUUUUGGUAAAUUUCCGAGGAUCAAUUGGCCUAGGUGAAGACAGUGUACAUUUCUUACCAGGUCGAGUAGGUGAUGCAGAUGUGAAAGAUGUUCAUCAAGCAAAGAAUUUUGCUUUGAAAGAAUUUUCCUGUUUGAACCCUAAGAAAUGUGUUCUAUUUGGAGGCUCUCAUGGAGGAUUUCUGGUGACACACCUUAGUGGGCAGUAUCCAAAUGAUUACUGUGCGGUUGUUGCCCGAAACCCUGUUGUGGACAUAGCUUCCAUGACUAGCAUUUCGGACAUACCUGACUGGUGCUAUACCGAGGCAGGUUACUUGUACAAUCCUGCCUCCAUCGCGAGCAUAGAAUCCUUGGCAGCAAUGCGUCAAUGUUCACCCAUACAACAUAUUGCAAAUGUGAAAGCCCCAACUUUGUUAAUGCUUGGAAAAAAAGACCUUCGUGUGCCAUUCAGUCAGGGCAUGGCAUUUUAUCAUACAUUGCAUGCCAAUGGAGUGAUCACAAAGGUACAUGUUUAUGAUGACGUACAUGGCCUUGGUACUGUACCCGUAGAGAUGGAUAAUAUCAUCAACUCAAUGCUGUGGUUUGGGGAACAUACUGGAUGAAGAUGACUUGCAUGUCAAAAUCUACUCUUAACGACAACUUCUAAUUAUUUGUAAAUAAAUUUGAAACCCUAGAAUGUAAUUUAUGAUUUAUGACGCAUUUAUAAAAACAAUUUAUAACUACAUAUUGCUGAUCAAUUCAUUUUGUGAAAUAAAUCAUAAAUAAAUUUACACACAAUAUCA